AUGAAGACAUCCGCCAUCCUCGCCGGCCUAGCCGCCUCCGCUGCCACGGCUGUCCUCGAGCCAGGCAUGCCGCAGCACCUCCUCUCCAACCCCGAGGGCGGUGCCGAUGCAAACCGCAUUCCGACCUCGUAUGAGUCCGCAGUCAUGGGCCGCCGCAUUCUCGCCGUGACCAAGUUGGCCGAGCUCGCAACCGUCUUCCCAACGGGCGCCCACUCCGCCUCGGGCGGUGACCUCUCUGGCAUGCCCAUCGGUCUCAUGGACUACGUCGCCGACUGCGAGGACGAGGGCAACCCCACCAUCCUGGCCAUCACCAUCGCCACGUCCUUCAAGAACGUCCGCGCCGGCUCCAACAUCUCCCUCUCCAUGCACUGGGUUCCGCCCUUCCCGCCCGCGAAGCGCAUUUCCCUCUUCUCCUCACUCAAGAACAGAAUCUUUGGCUCCUCCUCCUCCUCCGACGCCGCCACCGCCCUCCCCGACACGGUCCCCUACUCCGCCGCCAACCUCCCCCGCUUCUCUCUCCUCGGCUACCUCGAGAAGAUCCCCGCCGACCCCGUCUCCUCCCUCAAACUCGCCCACUGCUUCGUCAACAAGCACCCGGACUCCAAGUACUGGCUUCCCGGCAGCCCCGUCCACGAAUCAGAGUGGGUUCGCUUCGUCGUCACAUCUGUCUACUGGAUCGGCGGCUUCGGUGAUCGCGCCUACAUUGGCUGGAUUCCCCUCGAGGAGUGGCAAAAGGUCACCAAGGAGGAGUACGAGUCCAUCGAGCUCCCUGGUGAGAAGCGCGGCUGGAAGGAGUGGAGCGUCAACAGCUGGUUCGACGGCAAGGACCUUUGA